GGGGAGAGAAUCCAACGUAAACUUGCACCACCUGUUUACACAAUCCAUAUUGUUCAUUCAAUUCUCUCUCUAUAUAUCUAUAGAUACACACACGCAUAUAUAUAUCGCUCUCUCUCUCUCUCUAAAGCUGCUCCAUUUCUUUCUAUAUCGAGCUUCCUUAAUUCCAAUUUAGAUAAUCGGUAUUUUCUCUGUUUUUCUUUUUUGGAGGGUAGAUACAUCAUACUCUGUAUAUUCAUUUCCUUCUCUCUCUAAACGCAUUUUUCUCUCUCUAAGAUUUCUGAAUAUCAUUAAGACUUCUUUAACUCUAUAUGACCAUUGGAAUUCUUCUUCAUUCUUGUUUCAUUUCUUGCUCAAACCUUACAGCUUCGUUUCUUUUCUUUUCAACUUCUCUAAUGCCAAAUCUUGGCGUAACACGGUUCACAUUCAAACAACAAUAGUUCUUCAAACUUGAUCAAUAUCUAAAUCUUUUUCACACCAUUCAAUUCAAAGACUCUCGAAGAUCAACAUGUUUGACUCGUUAACAAAAAGCAAAUUUUACAUAAAAUGCAAAACAGCAAUCAAAUUGACGAAGACACGAAUGGAGAUGAUAAGGAAGAAAAGGAGUUCAAUGGUGAAAUAUUUGAAAAAAGACAUUGCUGAUCUUCUCAAAAAUGGUCUUGAUAUCAAUGCAUAUGGCAGGGCUGAAGGUUUGCUAGUUGAGAUGAAUGUGUCUAGCUCUUACGACUUGGUGGAGCAAUUCCGUGAGUGUAUAUCAAAUCAUCUUUCAAUGAUCGAUAGCCAAAGGGAAUGCCCUGAGGAAUGUAGGGAAGCUGUAUCCUCUUUGACAAUUGCAGCAGCAAGAUUCGCGGAUUUGCCAGAAUUACGGGACCUCAGAAGCAUAUUCACUGACAGAUAUGGGAAUUCUCUUGAAUGUUAUGCCAAUCAAGAGUUUGUUGGGAAGUUAAAGGCAGUGCCUCCUACAAAGGAGAUGAAGCUUCAACUGUUGCAAGAUGUAGCACUUGAGGCUGGCAUAGUAUGGGAUUCCAAGGCUUUGGACCAGAAGCUGUAUAAACCACCUUCCUCUGAACAAGACUUGUCUAAGAAUGCCGAUGAUGACAAACACAAAUUGCACAAAAGCAGGGAUGAAUCUGACUGGAAAAUAGACAACCAUGAUGCUGGGAAUAGACACAGGAGUAGGAGGGAGCAUACUGCUCCAAGAAGGAACAUGGAGGACCAUGAUGGAUAUGAAUUGCAUAAACAUAGGGAAAAUGCUGUGCCUAAAAGAGAGGAUCAUGGUCAUCCGUCUCGUGAAAGACCGGAAAACGCUCCCAGUAAAGAUAUUCAAUUGGCAAGCGUGGAACGAAGUGAGCAACAAACUACUUCAAAUUUGGUGAAUGGUGCUCCUGAGGACAAAGUUGAAGAGAAGCAGCCCUUCUAUUACAGAUUAAUACCCCCUCCUUAUCGCAGCAGACAAAAAGAUGACAAAAAUGAAACUGUUUCCGAGGCUCCUCCUGCUGCAAGUCCUAGCAGGGAAGCGAUGGAACCCAAAAAACUGAAUCAACAUGUUGAUGGGAAAGAAAAUCCUGACAAGGAUGAUUUGGUUAAAGCCAAUCGAAAACCAAGAUCCGUUAGGAGGCAACGUACAGGCCUGAAACCACAACCAGGUCAUGAGAAUGCUGACAAAGUUGAUGGUGAUGGGAAAACACAUUCAAAUGGAGCAAAACAAGAUGCAAAAGGUGGGUUAAAGACCUUCAGUGAGGAUGAGGAUGAAGAGGAAAGAAGGAUGGAUGAUCUUUUGAAACAAUACAGCGCAAAACAGUCUCCUUAUGAACAUGGAGCGGUGGAAGCAGCUCUUAAGCGGACACCUUCACAUUAUGCUGCUGCUGCAACAAGGAAUAAGAGCAAAGAUGGUCCUCACAGCAGAGUAGCAUCUCUCCCUCUACAACCAACAAGUCCAACUCAUGAGAAAACAGAAGGACAUGCUCGAGCCUCUUCCUUUCAACCGGAUAUGGGGCAUGAACAACCUAAGCUACUAGACUACGAUGACUUUCUAGCUCGGUUUGCUGCUCUUAAAGAGAAGUAAAACUGAUAUUGCCACCAGAUGCUAAAAUCUGUAAUCCCUCGCAGGAUUCUUCGAUACCUUGCAAACAUUAUCUGUAGAAAAGCAUUACUAGUUUCUGAUAGUUCUCUCUAUCAAGCUUCAGAUAUUUCAUUCAAGAUCAUUUGAUAGUAAAAAUUUCAAGCGUACUAGCACUCCAAAUCAUACACAUUCUGAUACUCUACAUGUUGAUAGGCAUAUAAAAACCUAGAGUUUAACUAAAAGUUGUUGUAUUGAGCCACUGCUGCUGUGUGUUAUAUUACUAGUUCAUAUGUUAGCAUAACAGCUUGAGAAGGUGACGGCACCUUUUCUAGGAUAUGUCCCUUCUGUAAAAUGCCAUUGUCGGGUUCGGAAGAACUGCAGUUGUUUGUGUCAUGUGAUUGUGAUAAAUCCCUAAUUUCCAAAAUAACAUUUAGGAAGUGUCACGAGGAAAAGGUUUGUUUUCACUCAAAAUGUCAGUCCAUGGAGUAACAGAGGCCAAAAGUCAGUCCAGGUAUAUCUUGAAUCCAGUUAUUAUUUUUCUGAGAAUAAUGGAGAGCACAACCUUUGGUUUCAUAUUAUUUUGGGUCCAAAUAACAUCCAAAAAUACAUGAUAUGUAUCAGUUAAUUAUGAACUUGAUUUUGUUGGCAUAUGAUUGAUGUAUUUACAAUUAUGAAAUUGA